AUGGAUGACCCGCGAGAGAAAGUCUGGAACCGCAGCGAGUACUCCCCCUCCGCCUACGACUCGGGCGAAUUCAUCGACUACGGCAUCCAACUCCACCGCAACCGCUCGCUCCCAACCCGCUUCGUGGACAGUUUUAAACGCGACCCCAACGCCCACGCCGUCCCCAAAGGCAGCACCGUCGGCGGCGAUGGCAAGAUCUUCGACGUCGAAGGCGCGGCGCAGGCGACUGCUUCAUCCCCGCUGCAGAGGCAUUUGAAGGGUCGGCAUUUGCAGAUGAUUGCGAUCGGAGGCUCGAUUGGGACGGGGUUGUUCGUUGGGAGUGGCAAUGCGCUGGCGAUCGGGGGGCCGGCGUCGUUGGUAUUGAGUUUUAUGAUCACCGGGGCGAUGCUGUAUUGUACGGUGCAUGCGCUGGGGGAGAUGGCGGUGCUUUUCCCAGUUGCUGGGUCGUUUUCGGCGUACUCGACGAGGUUUUUGGAUCCGGCGUGGGGGUUUGCUAUGGGAUGGAACUACGCCAUGCAAUGGCUCGUGGUGCUGCCUCUGGAGAUAGUGUCUGCGACCUUCACCGUCGAAUACUGGUCUCACGGCUCCGUCAACAACGCCGCCUGGGUUGCUGUCUUCCUGGUUCUGAUCAUCGUCAUCAACCUCUUCGGCGUCAAGGGCUACGGUGAAGCGGAGUUCAUCUUCUCCAUCAUUAAGGUCGUCGCGGUCAUCGGCUACAUCAUCCUCGGAAUCAUCAUCAACGUCGGCGGCGGACCAGACGGCGGCUACAUCGGCGGCAAAUACUGGCAAAACCCCGGCGCCUUCAACCACGGCUUCAAGGGCCUCUGCUCCGUCUUCGUCAACGCCGCCUUCGCCUUCGCCGGCACCGAGCUCGUUGGCCUCGCAGCCGCGGAGACAGCCAACCCGCGCAAAUCCCUCCCCACCGCCAUCAAGCAAGUCUUCUGGCGCAUCACCCUCUUCUACGUCGUCUCCCUCACCCUCGUCGGCCUGCUCGUCCCCUACACCAACCCGCGCCUACUCUCCGCCACCAACGCUGCCGACGCCACCGCCUCCCCUUUCGUCAUCUCCAUCGUCAACGCCGGCAUCACCGGCCUCCCCUCCGUCUUCAACGGCGUCAUCAUGAUCGCCGUCCUCUCCGUCGGAAACAGCUCCAUCUACGGCAGCUCCCGCACUCUUGCCGCGCUGGCGGAGCAAAACCAAGCACCCAAGAUACUAGCCUACAUCGACCGCAAAGGCCGACCUAUCGUCUCCAUCGGCAUCGCCUCCCUUCUCGGCCUCCUCGGUUUCUUCGCGGGAUCCAAAAGACAAAAGGCAGCUUUCGCAUGGAUGAUCGCCCUCUCCGGCCUCUCGUCCAUAGUAACCUGGGCCUCCAUCUGCCUCGCCCACAUCCGCUUCCGGCGCGGCUGGCGCAAACAAGGCCACACUCUCGACGAACUCGCUUUCCGCUCACAACCAGGCGUCAUCGGCUCCUGGAUCGGGUUCAUCAUAAACUGCCUCGUGCUCGUCGCGCAGUUCUGGACCGGCGCGUGGCCGAUAGUCGACGAUGGAGAUACACCGCUGACGCCAACGGGGCACGCGAGGAGUUUCUUUCAGGUCUACCUUGCAGCGCCUGUGGUGGUCAUCAUGUAUGUCGUCUACAAGCUAUGGUACCGGACGCCGUUCAUACGGAGCUACAAUAUGGACCUGCACACCGGGAUACGGGACCUCAAUGUCGCGGAGCUGAUCGCGGAGGAAAGAGCUGAGCGAGCGACUUGGCCGGCUUGGAGGAGGGUUUAUAAAUUCUUCUGCUGA